CGUGUGCACGUAUACAUGACGCCCGCAGGCUCACCCCGCGAGUUCAACUCGUACGGCUCGCGGCGCGGCAACGACGCCGUGAUGUCGCGCGGCACGUUCGCCAACAUCCGCCUCGACAACCGCCUGGCGCCGCGCGCCGGCCCGCGCACCGCGCACCAGCCCAGCGGCGACCUCAUGGACAUCUUCGACGCCGCCGACCGAUACGCCAAAGAAAGCGUCCCCCUGAUCGCGAUCGUCGGCAAGGACUACGGCUCCGGCUCCAGCCGCGACUGGGCCGCCAAGGGGCCGUUCCUGUUGGGCAUACGAGCGGUGAUCGCGGAGUCGUUCGAACGCAUACAUCGUUCGAAUCUCGUGGGUAUGGGUAUAAUGCCCCUCCAGUUCCAGCCCGGGGAGAACGCGGACAGCCUCGGCCUGAACGGGACGGAGGUGUACACGAUCGACGUCCCGGCGGACCUGGUUCCGCACCAGGCGCUCACGGUUCAAGUCGACAACGGAAAGUCGUUCCGAGUGAUUGUACGCUUCGACACCGAAGUGGAUCUGACGUACUUCAGAAACGGAGGAAUCUUGAACUACAUGAUCAGGAAGAUGCUUUAAAUGUAAUCGGAUAAUGUAUUCGACUGCGGACCAGUGGCGUAGUUUUAAAUGGCAUGGGUGGCAGCGUUUGGCGUUAUAAGUAUGGUCGGGGCCACCUGGAGACCGGCACGCCCCCCUCCCUAAUUAUCAUUUGUAUUUAACUUUUACCGGGUAGUUAUUUAAUGUUGUUUAACUAUUUUUUUUAUUUGAUUUGCAAGAUUAUAGCAGUUAUAUUAUUAGUUUGUUAAAUAAUGAACAAAACAAACGCGUAUUAAUUAAUUUAUUCUUUUGUUUUUGAAGCCCUAGUUAAAAGUGUAGACUGCGUCUGUUUUAUCUGUGGUAUGACUUAAAAUGCCAAUGGUUGUAGGCAGGAUGUACAACUUAGCUUAUUGUGCAGCCACAAGUGUAAUGGUCGGAUAUCGCUCGGUUCAACGUCGUUGUUUGAUAAAAUAUCAACGAACUACCAACAAAUGUUUCAUCUUAGUGGGCAGCGUUACACAUCCAUUUGUCUCUUUCUCUCUGUAGUACUUCGACAUUAGAAGGAAGGAGACAAAGUCUAUUCACGAGUCACAUACAAACCGACGCGCAAGUGACUCAAAUAUAUCAAAGUAAUUCUUCUGUCAUAACGCAAGACGCAAGAGCGAUUCGAGUUAAGAUUCGCCAUAUUCGAAUCCUUUGAUGUUUAAUUAGAAGCCGACGGAGCUCUGAUAGUUGACAUGUAUGUGCAAAUCGAAGAGUCUCCCGUGAAACUUCACGAUUAUUCAAAAGAUUUUGUUGGGAAUUUCAAACCUGAUGACAGAUCUUGUUUUGAUUUCAUUCCAUUGUAAACUGCGAGUCACUCGUCUACAUUUGGCGCCAAAAUGAUGAAAUCAUAUUCAAACAAAAUUUUAACGUCCAAUAGUAUACGUUAGUUCAGUUAGAAUUGGAGUUUGUCGAUAACAGUUUACUUCAAUUUGUUUACGCUUAUCAUUCUUUUUCUUAUACUCUUUUCCGCUGUCUAAUAUUACGAUUUAGUAAAUUGCAAACAAGACUCCGCUUUUGACUGUUGUGUUAUAAAUAAAGAUAUACAAAUAGAGGCCGUUGGUGGUGCACAGUAUGGCAGAGGUGUUAGUGUGGUUCGUUAGGCCCGCUGUACACGCGGCGAGUCGCCGAGCGAAGUGUUGCCAUUAUGUAGCUGUCUGGGUCCCGACAGGUUGAGCGCGUGGGCUCCGCUGGGGAACAUGAACAGGGUCGACGCGAAGGCUGUGCUGGUUUUGUAACUAUAUAUCGGUGGACCGUUUGUUAUCUUAAUAUAUUUAAUACAUUAUAUUUUGAAUAAAUAUUUAUGGUGGAAAUUGUC